AUCGCUCUUACAUACGGGGGCCAGUGGGAAGGGCGCCAUCCGAAGUCCGAGGACGGCAAUCAGUUGCUCAGUUCCGCUGCCUGGCAUUUCGCUCGUGCCCCGCAAACCUCCAGCUCUUCCACUCCUCGAGAUCGCUAGUGUCCGGCCACCAUGGUGACGUUCAAAAUGGACGGCAGUACAACGUACUGCUACUACAUCUCAGAGAAGUACUCGCAGGUACCGCCCGUGGAGGACGACGUGCUAGUGCACGAUCAGGGUAGCUCAUGCCCCAUUACAAUUCGCGUGGAUAUCGCCGACGAGCUCGAGAAGAACGCGCUCAUCCCGUUGCGGUACACUGCCACGCUGGACACGUCGUCAGCCGAUGCCAACUUUGAGUUCCCAAACCCCAUUUUGCGCGCUCCCGUUCCUGGCUUUCUUCUUGGCCACAAUAACGCUUCAGCCGAGUCCUCUAGCAGCACGAACGAGACCACAUACGACGUGGCAGUGGCCAAUGUGGUCAUGUGUGACUGGCGUUCGUGCGAUCUUUUCUCUACAGCCGGCGAGAGCGCGACGUACUAUUCUUUUCGGCUCGUGAUCCCCAAAGACGGAAAGUACUCGGGAUACGUGCAUCUCGUGGUUAACAUCGCCGGCAACUCGCGAGCCGACUUUGUGACGUUCUUCCCUGUUCAGAUUGGUGACGUCGCUGGUACGACACCUAGCAGUAUUACCACUGAUGGUACCACCACGUACUGCUGGACAUCUAAGGACGUAUCUGUCUUCGACCCCAGCGUUUCCGGGGAUCUCACCAUCCGUACGGGCGAAUACUGCCCUGGAACAAUGUCGAUGUCUCUCUCGUCCACUGAAGUGAACGUUGGCGACACGAUCGAUAUCGCGUGGAUGUUGGACAUGUCGGACUCGUCCACUGAUGACUCGACGCUUAUCGCCGAGGUGUCAUCGUCGGAUGCUAUUAAGAACCCACGAACUGACGUUUACUCUGUCGUGCCCGUCUCCGUCUUCAGUGGUUGCCAGCGAAAUUUGGCUGGUGCGAACUGUUCUACAUACACGGGAGAUGAGUCGUCUACCUUUGCUAUUGCAGAAUUUGACGAUAUGAAUCUCACAAGUGACGCUGUGAGCUACUCGACGAGCUACACGUUCAAAAACUCGGGCCAAUACACCAUGUUCGGUCGAGUUGCAAUGGUGACUGUGGAUGGGGAACGUAUUGACAUGGCUAUCUACUCUAGUGUGACAGUAUCCGUUGAUGGAGGCAGUGGAGGCAGCAAUCUGUUCCUGUAUGUGGGUGUUGGUAUCGGUGCAGCCAUCUUGCUGGCAGGUAUGCUCUUCUGCUACAUGAAAAAGCGUCACAAUAAUGUGAGCACAAAGGAUAUCCCGUUCCGACAGCCUGUGAGCGGUUUGGACCGUGCAAGCGACUACACUAUGGCGUCUUCGAACUUUUUGUCACACAAGACACCGGCACAGCUGCAAGGACUGGAUAUGAGUGGUGACUACAGUGCUGACAACGUUGCUCCGUCCUACCUUGCCGUUAACGCUGCAGAUAGCGGCGUAUUCGACAAAACAAUUCGCGCAGAGCCUGGUCAAAUGGCUGAAUCAGUGGAAAGCAGCGAGUCGUUCUCAUUGAACCCGUACGACCGUGCCAGUUUCGCAGGUUUAAGUGACGAUGUUGCAAGCUCGAGACCUUCAGAAAUGAGCAAGUUCUCGUUCCAGUCUGGCUAUGACGACGAGUCUGAUGACUUCUUAUCGGAUCCUGGCACCAGUUUGCCUGCAUCUGGCACGUACGAAAUGGGUCGUGCUACCAAUAUGCCUAUCUUGGAGGAGGAUUACUUGGAUGAGCCCCACGAUUUCAGCAAGGACCACAAGCCCAACCAGUCUAGCUCUACUAUCGACCCACGUAGCACGACCAGUUCGGGCUGGACUGUCAACUAA